UGUCGCCGCCGGUGAUUGAUAAGAAAUGUGUUGAACUGAUUAAAAAUUUUCAAGUGUGAAAUUUCAUACUUAAUUUAUUCAAUUUCGAAAAAAAAACGCAUUCUCACGAUUAAUUUUUGAAUAACCUCACAUUUUUAUCGACCUUCUAUCUAUCGAAUAGAAAUCACCAUGUUGUGCAAGAAAUUAACCAAAGGUGUACUUACGGAGGGCUCUCUGCUGAAAACCAUGGUCACAAGUCGAAGAAAUCAGAGUGUAAAGACAGCUGUCGUAAUGAUGAAUAUGGGAGGCCCUCAGCAUAUCGAUCAAGUAUCCGAUUAUCUGCACAGAAUUAUGACCGACAGAGACAUGAUUCAGCUUCCAGUACAGAAUUUUCUAGGACCUUAUAUUGCCAGGAGAAGAACACCAGAAGUGCAAAAGAAGUACAUGGAAAUUGGAGGAGGAUCGCCGAUUCUGAAAUGGACUAAUUUACAAGGCGAAUUAAUGUGUAAAAAACUGGAUCAAAUAUCACCGGAAACCGCACCUCAUAAGCACUAUGUUGCAUUUCGUUACGUAAAUCCUCUUACCGAACAAGCAUUAGAACAAGUUGAAAAAGAUAAAGCUGAAAGAGUUGUAUUAUUUUCACAAUAUCCUCAAUACAGUUGCGCCACCACCGGAUCCAGUUUCAACGCAAUUUAUACACAUUACUUGAAACAAAAGCUUCCAUCUUCGGUGAAAUGGAGUUUAAUCGAUCGUUGGCCAACGCAUCCUUUUUUGAUAAAAACCAUCAGUGAAAGAAUCGUAGAAAAGCUGAACGAAUUCCCCGAAUCGAUACGUUCCAAAGUAGUGAUUGUGUUUUCGGCUCACUCGUUGCCCAUCAAGGCUGUGAAUAGAGGAGAUGCCUAUCCCUCUGAAGUAGGAGCAACGGUGCAAGCUGUAAUGAGAGAAUUAGGAUACAGGAAUCCGUUUAUUUUAACUUGGCAAUCGAAAGUUGGUCCUUUACCUUGGCUGGGACCUUUUACCGAUGAAGCCAUCGAAGGAUACGUUAAACAAGGUAUCAAGAAUUUCGUUAUGGUGCCUAUCGCUUUCGUUAACGAGCAUAUUGAAACAUUACAUGAAAUGGAUAUCGAAUACUGUCAAGAUUUAGGCAAAAAAGUUGGAGCUGAAGCAAUACGAAGAGCAGCAGCUCCGAAUGAUCAUUCGUUGUUCAUCGAUGCUUUGGCUGAUAUCGUUGCUCGUCAUCUUCGUAAUAAUGAACCGAUUAGCCCGAAAUUCACGCUAAGAUGUCCUCAUUGCGUGAAUCCGAAAUGCUACGAGUCGAAACAAUGGUUUCAGAAACUAUGCUCUUCUUAGUUCAUUUCACGAAAAAUAAUUCCAAAAUACGUUCGUGGUAUUCGAUAUCGUUCAUGGUUGCCUCAAGGGCCCUCUGAUUUUAUAGUACAAAAAAAUCACCUUUUAAAGGUUUUUCAUUUUUGAGCCAAAUUACGAACUUACAUUUUUUUUAUUCGGAUUGUUGGACGGAUUGUUGUUUUUGUUGUACUAUUUGUACAUAUUUUAUUCUAUGUACAUUCGAUGUCUGAAAAAAUAAAAUAAAGAAGUACAAACUUCAUUAAAAUGUAA